AUGGUACCAUGGUCGCUUAUCGAAGAAGGCUGCUUGCGAAUUCAAGUGAAAGUUGUGCUAUCAAUAAAGUGGGAAAACAGGCAUUACCAUUUUGAAAUCAAACAGGAAUAUAAAUAUUUCUGGAUUGAAGAAAUUCAGUCUGAUAGCAUCGUUCAGCUGCUCGCCUAUCACUUUAUUAACAAAGUGAGUGAAGAGAAUCAACGGAAGCAUUAUCAGAAAUUUACUUCCUUAAUAGAAUACUUUUAUUCACUACAAAUCUUUCGGCAGCGAUGAUG